AUGAUCAUCAUGUCCAUUGUGACAUUGUCCUCCCUACCUGCCAUGCCAUAUAUCAUAUGCAUGCCAAUUUGCAAAUUUGCAUAUGCCAUCCAUCCCAUCCCCCUCACAUACUUCACAUGGCCAGGUGCUGCUGCUUUCUCCAUCUCUAUAGCAUUUGCAUCCAAAUGUCCCAUGCCCUGCACUGCCUCUGCUGUACGUGGUCCCUGA